GUAAGGGACCUCCACGUGGUGAGAUUUGGAAACAGCAAGACAAUAUCAAAAAUUUCGUAACAUCGAACCAUUGCUGGCUAACGCCUUACCUACUCAUGUGUACCAGUUUAAAAAUCAAUGGUUUAUGGAUUUAUAUAUUCAUGCUUUUUGCUUCUGUUGACCCUAAAUCAUCUAUAUGGAAUUUAAAAUCUAAACCAUUGGUUUUUGGAGAGGAUGUUCAACUCUCUUGUGAUGGAAGUGCAUGUCAACCUAAUACUAUAAAGAAAUGGAUUGGAGGACCUAGCUACAAGCUGUUGUGUUAUAAUGGUUAUUCUGCAGAUUCCUCAAAAUAUGCAAUUAUGGUCAAUGACACUAUUGCUGAUUUUGGUAUGAUGAUAAAAAAUAUUGCAGUUGAAGAUACCUCUUGUAGAUAUACCUGCGCCUGUGGAUUACAUCAACAUACAGAAACGUUAGAUUUAGAGGGUGUUGACUAUAUUUAUCCUCCAGAUAUACAUAAUAUUACCACUAUGAAAAGAGCUGGAAAAUAUCAGAUUGACAUUCAGCUGAACGUUUAUCCAUUUCCAAAAUGUUUUUUAACAUACGAGAGAAAUGUCAUACCGGUUAAUAUCUUCAAACUUCCAACUAAGCAUUCCUUCAGAGAAGAUUACUUCCAAUUGUAUAAUGUUCGGAUCAUUUAUACUUUGGACAUGCAUAGUUAUAUAUGCAAAGGAGAAAUUCUUUUCACUUGCAACGUUGGAAAACGGAAUUAUACUCUUAUUCGUCAGAGUAUUGACUUCUGCAAAGACAAAAUGGAUAAUAACGACAAAUAUCUGAUCCCGUUGAUUACAAUAGUUGCCUUCGCUUCAGUAGUUGGGCUUAUUUAUCUGAUCAGGUACAGGUAUAAAAGGGAACGUGGUCAUCCAACUGACUCUGGCAAUAAUCUCUUAGAUCCAACGACAGGAUAACAAUUAAAAAACAGAGCAAAAAAAAUAAGCUAGACGAAUGAACGGAUAUUAUUCCUUUGUAAUAAGGACAGAUGAUAUUAACAGACAAUGACAAUUAUAUCAGUAUUUCUUAACAUCAUAUUGUUUUGAAGUGUAAUCAUGGAGACGGUAACUGAAAAAUAUUUAUUGUAAUAAUCUGAUAUCAGUAUAAGGUAUCUUUUUUCCAAUUUUAACUGUUUACAUCGUCAAAAGUCCGUACAACGUUUUUCAAUGUAGAUUUACGAAAGUAUCAUUAGCUGGGUAGUCAGUGAUUCGGAGCUGAUAUGAUUUAUAACACUGCUUUAUUGAUAUCUCCGUUGAUAAAUUUAGAAAAUGAUCGACAAUAAGGUUCCAACUUCCUUUACCAAGGUUGAAUUUAGAUGUAUUUGACUAUUCUUUUUCGGUCUCCUCUAGUUAUAUAGCUCCAGAAGUGUUUGAGCAUUUAUCAUUCUUGGUUUUCUUUGUUUUCGGUUUGAACGAGUCUUAUAAAGGUAAAUCCAAAAAAGCGCCUUAGACGCACGAAAUGUAAAAAGGUAUUUUCUUUCGGUGGUUUUGGUCAGGAAGCUCCUGACGUGUCUAGGUAUCGCUGUUUUAAAUGUAUGGUUUGAGCAUUCCUCAAAAACAUAAAUCUAGAAAAGGCACUUCAAACGCCCGACAUUUUUUUAGAGUAAUUUUUAUUUAUCUUGUUGGUUUUUUGUUUUUGGAAAAAUAAAAAUCCAAAACAAGAUAUUCAAAACUAAAACACUGUUUCUGAAACCUAAAAAUUCACAAAUUCUCAGUCAAAAACGUUAUAGAAAUUCAAAACUUAAAUUUUCUUUGUAGUCGAAUAAGGGUUCAUUGAGGUCACAUAGACCUUGAGUUUGAAUUCGAGUUCUGUGCGAUUUAUGAAACGCAUUACAAUUGUUAAAGUAUUCAGUGUAAACUGAUUUUGUGAUAGAAGUAAAUAUCACUUAGAUUGAAAAUUGAAAUAAAAUUUAGCGUAACAUUUCAAGUAAUAGUUUCUGAUAUUUUGUGUAAAAAGUUUUAAUGUUGGUUAAUUAUUUUAGUUUAAUUCUAAUUUAAAGUAAUGAAUGAACUGUGUAAUUACUACGUAAUAGCUGUUAUUCAAGAUCUAGAGAUAACUUUAGCCUGAAUAUGACGUUCACGUAUACACAAAAAAUAAUAAACAAUUUUGAGCAACGACAAAUCUUACAGAAAAUAAGCUUAGUAAAAACGUAAUCAUAAACAAAUCAAAUACAAUUAAGAGUGAGGCGUGAGGUAUAUUAAAUAUUUAGAAUCUCUUAUUUGAAAAAAUCCUACAAUUAAGAAUAGGACACACGGACGGUACUCUCUAAAUGUUUGUAUAGGUUUUUUUUCAAUGUUUUAAUAUGAUAUAUUUAAUUUAGAUUCUUCUUAUAUGACAAUAACAGCAAGGAGAACAAUAUAGGAGCGUUUGAACGUUUUGGAUUUUGAUUUUAAUAAACUUCGUAUGUAAACAUUUUACAAAUCAGAUAUAGAAAAACAAAGAGUGAACCUGCAGUUAUUUAGAUCAAUCCGACGAGUCGGUGUCUGUCCUUUAUGAGUUGUUCCCAUUAGACACUAAGGCACAUUGGUACUAAUGAUCACAAGUUCAAGCUAAAGAAAGGCGAUGCAGUUAUUGUUCAAACUGUGCCAUAGAUAACAAAAUACAUGUUCUGAUAAGAUGCAUCAUGCACGAUGACAUUAUGUAUACCAAUUAUUAUUUACCAACAACUAAUUUUGAAAAAAAUGAUACCUUAGAUUAUGGACAGUCAGUUCAUUUAUCUUAUCAAAUGUAAGAAAUCCAGUCCUCAUCAACAUAUGCACUUUUCAUUUUUAUCAGAGAAGAAAGAGAUGUAUUUGAAUAGUUGUUACAUAAUUUUGUGGUGACAUUUUUUUAACAGUAGUUAACUUAUCUGAGUUAUGGCUAGAUCAUUUAUUGUUAUAAUGAAAUGUAUAUGUUUUUAAGCAUGUUGCACUAUAACAAAAUAUACAAUUAUUUUUGUUUAUCUUUAUUACAUAGCUCAUUAUUGUUAUAUACCUAUUAUUGUCUGGAAUCGGGACUUUUUACUCUCAAACACUUUCACAAAUUAUUUUACAAACAUGUGAUUUAUCUUCAUAUGAAAAGUAUUUGAAGGGAUAAAUACGCUCGCGUUAUAAAGUAAUAAUUUUUUCCUUAACCCUAAGCAAGUAAAAAUAUAUGUCCUAUGUUUGUUUUUCUCAGAUCAUCAGACUAAUAAACCUAAUGAAGUUAAUCAUAACAUAAGAUGUUGAUAAAGUAAGUAAAAAACAGAAUGAACGAAAAAGUUAAUAUAUGAAAGGUAAUACUAAGCUUUGCUUUCUAUAAAAAGAAAGGAAUAUACAUGUAAUUCUUGUUUAAAGAACGGAAUAAUUUAAAUUUUAUCAUCAACUAUCAAAACGGUAGUCUUUAACAACCUUGAGUAUUUAUAAUACAUUUUCAUAUUACAAAAUAGUGUUGUUAAGAUCCAAAAGAAACACAAAGGGAUAAUGUGAUUCUAAAUACAUUGAAAUACUUUUUUUAAUGUUGCUGAUGUUAAGUCAAAAAAAGGGGGGAGUCUUUACCUUUAGUAUUACACUGCAUAAAUUACAAUCAAAAAUACACCAACUGUUCUCCGGCGUUCGAUUGACAUUAUUAGCUAAAUAUUCAAAGGAAUGCUUAAAGCUUUCCAUUAACACAACCAAAGAUAAGAGGGAAAUGAUAAAUAAAUACGGACCUAAAACAGCGAAAUUUAUCAAAGAUUAUCUUUACUUAGAGAGGUUCAAAAACAUAUUAUACAGUUGCUAUGCACACUUUAUGUUGUAGUACCGCUAAUAACUUACUCAAGAGACAAAAACAAACUAAAAGCGAAACAUCCAAAUUUGAACAUACACAAAAAUCACGAAAUGUUCUACACAAAACACCAAAACACUUGUCAAAGGACAACUUCACCAGAGGGAGGUGCAACAUUUUGUAUAUCAAUUAAAAAUAUGAAUCAACUGGGUGAUUUAUCAACUGAGAUUUUAUAAAAAAAUAUGCGAACAGAAUCUUUUAAAAGGUGACAUGUUUAUCUUUUGUGUUACUAUAUAUUGUUUUAGUUAAAUUGCAGAUGUUUGACGAUUUGAAGCUUAGAUAUUAAAUUCCCUUUGUCUUUAUAUAUAGAUAUGUUUUGAUAUUGUUGAAAAUAUAUGUUAUCCGAUAUUCUAGUUUUAUUUUAUCAAAAAAUAAUUUAUAACUUUCAAAAAAGUUUCGAAUUAUUGCAUGUGAUAAAAAGUGUUCAUACUUUUCAUGAACCUUUAAUUUAUUGCAUAAAGGAGAAGCAUCUAUUGUCCUGUUUUCUAUUUAUAUGUUUACAUGGUCAUUUACAAAGAUGCAAUUUGCACCUUAAAAUUAUUAAUUUUCAGUAUAAAAAUAUAAGUUUUGUAUAGUGUUGUAUUUUUAUAAUUCUAUAUCUUCCCUCUGCAAAACUUUUUGUAGUUUCUAUGUUAAAUUGUACAUGUUGUAUCAGUACCCAAAAUCGAAUUGUACAAAGAGAUAACUCUUAUUUUUCCACAAUAACAAGUGUCAGUUAUUUUAUGUAAUAACUGUAUAGGGUUAUAUCGUUAACUGGUAUAUCAUAUAUGUCUUUUGUUUUUAUAUUUUGUUACACAUUUUUUUUUUGUUAUAACAUACUAUUUCCAAUUUUCUGUAAAUGUAAAACAAAUAUUUCUUCGCUUUGUUUUUUAAUUAUUUAGUAAAUGUAACCAUUGGUUUGGCUAUGCCGUUUUUGAAUUUGUAUAUUCUUUUAUAUUUUUAUAUUUUGUUACACAUUUUUUUUUUGUUAUAACAUACUAUUUCCAAUUUUUAUAUUUUGUUACACAUUUUUUUUUUGUUAUAACAUACUAUUUCCAAUUUUCUGUAAAUGUAAAACAGAUAUUUCUUCGCUUUGUUUUUUAAUUAUUUAGUAAAUGUAACCAUUGGUUUGGCUAUGCCGUUUUUGAAUUUGUAUAUUCUGUGAGCCAAUUAUAAUGAGAUGAUUAUUUGUUUUGUUAUUUCAGUAAACUUAUUUAGGAUUUUUUCUAAACUACUGUUUGGUAAUUUCACCACAUUUUUAAUAAUAUUCAAAUAACUGGAUAUGUAUUUUUAUCAAAAACGCCUGUCUUUUCCUUGUUCAUUACGGUAGCUUAUCAUCAUUGUUAAACGAUAGUAGCUACGAUUUUCAUUAAAAUUAUUUUUUUAAUCUAUAUGCCGGAUUUUGUACAAAAGGUUUAUUUAGAAUGAAUCAAACCAUCACUGUUUACUUUCCAAUUAGCAUUUAGAAGCUUUUUAACGUUUUACACCUGAAUUUCAUUGUUGUCUAUAGACAAAAAUUCGAUGUUAAGCCAACCCUUAUUCAUAUGACCUAUGUUGACCUUAACUCUGCAGUUCCCAAUGCGCAAUCGCAAGUUGUCCCUCGAAGGGAAAAUGUCGAACAGAGGAAUAUUAUCGCGGAAAUGGAACGUGUGUUUACAGUUUCUGCUAGAAAAAGAAACAGUAAAGAGGUGCAUACAAGUUAUUGUAAAUUGAAAAUAAUAACGGCGAUGUGAUCGGUCAUUAGAAUCAUUUACAAACACCCGACGAUAAAGUCAUUAUAUAAGCAGUCGACAUUACGACGGUAAAAAAACAUUUUUGAAGAUAAUGGUAACGAAAUAACACUUCCAUUCUGCAGACUUGCAUUAACUAAUGAAUUUUGAUAAUUUAACCAGUGAAGCAGAUACAAUAGGAAAAUUAAAAACGAAACUAAAAAAACUUAAAAAACAAUAGUAAUACAUACAUGCCAAAACCAUAUGAGUUUGGAAGUCGCAAACUCAAUAUUAUUCUUAACCAACUUCGAUGUUUUACUUCCUUCUUAAAUUAUGAUCUUUAUAGAGUUAAUAUUAUUUCUGAUCCAUCUUGCUGCUGCGGUGUGUAUGGCAUCAUUUCUUUUUUUUAAAUGUAUAUUAUAUUAAGGAAACAGACGAAGUAAGCUUUCAGAAAAUCUUAGCUAGCUCCCAAAUUACUGUCCAUUAAAUAAAGAACUAUUUACCUCGGAUAAAUGUCUACUUACUCAGUAUCAGAAUGAACAUAUCGUUAAACAUAUGUUUGAGUUUAUUGAAGGGUCAAAUAGAUUACUUAUUGUUUAGAUAGUAAAACAUGAACAUACACACUACGUUCAGUAGUUUUUUGUUAUUUGGAUUUUUUUAUUUUUUUUCAUAUAUUUUAUUAAUUGAUUUUCUUGUUGUUUUUCUGUAUUCUAUUUCUUUUUGUUUUCUUUUUAUUAUUUGCUGCUUCUUUUGUGUCACUUGAUUUUUCUGUCCAAUUGAUACAAAUGUUGAAAUAAUAUGUAAUGUAUGUAUGCUCUUAUAUAUUGUAUUGUUAAAUAUGUUAAAUGUAGAAGAAAUAUGUUUAAACUAAAAUCUAAAAUGAUC